AUGGAUCCAAAACAAGAAACCGUCAAAACAGACAUGUCUGGAAAAUCCUCAAAGUCGGUUUUAGCCACGGAAAAAUCAGAAAAAGGUACGAAAGAUGAUUCCAAAAGAGGUUCAUCCCAUUCUAAGAAGACAAUUACCGAUUCGAAGCCGCAGUCCGCUGAGCCAAACGAAAAGAAUCUUAAUUCACCAACAAAACGGAUUGGUGUAAUGCCAAGAUUGAAAAGACCAGAACCUGAUUCUGUCCCCCUGUUACCAAUUGAUGAGAAGUUUAAAACGAGGUGGCAUAUCGAAGGAAUUAUUGGGAAGGGAGGUUAUGGUGAAAUUUAUUUGGCUAUUGAUAUGAAACUGGCUGAAGAAGUUGCAAUAAAGGCUGAACCGAUAGUUCGAAAAGGACAAGUUGCUAGACGGAUGAUUCUAGAACAAGAGGUUUUACUCAAAUUACAAGGAAAACCACACGUUCCUUUGAUUUUUGGUUCAGGGCACACCGAUAAGUUCAAUUAUAUAGUGCUCCAAUUGUUGAGCAUUAAUUUGGGGGAUAUUCGAAGAAUCAGCCCAACUAGGAAAUUGAGCAAAUCCACUGUAGGCCGAAUCACUGUUCAAGCAAUUGCUGCUAUUCGUGAUUUACACGAGAUAGGAUACUUACAUAGAGACAUCAAGCCAGCCAAUAUGUGCUUCGGAAUCACACCCAGGACUCGUCAUGUGCUGAUGCUUCUCGAUUACGGUCUUGUCAGAAGAUAUAAAGAUUCAGAUGGAGAAUGGCGCCCACAACGAGCAAAGGCUGGUUUUCGUGGAACACAGAGAUAUGUUUCCACUCGAGUUCAUCGUCGGCUGGAGCAGACACCAGCAGAUGAUAUGGUUUCACUCAUGUACACUGCAUUCGAGCUAUUGGCAGGAGAGUUGCCCUGGAGAAACCUUGAACAAAGUGAUGAUAUUUGGAAAAUCAAAGAAGCUGUUCAUUUUGGUCACAUCGAAUAUUUUAACGGAAUGGCACGCGAACUUUUCGAUUUUUCGAAGCUUGUCUCCGGCCUUGAUCCGAUGGUUGAUCCUCCAUAUGCCACUCUUCAAACAUGUGUCAAGAAAUUGUAUUCUCCGAAGAGACUCUCCGAUCCAUACGAUUGGGAAGAAAAUUUUAAAGAAGCAAUUUUAGAGAAAACUCUAUCGACCGAUGAUAGUACAAAAUAA